AUGCAGGUGUGUAGUAGAGCGUCGUGCACGAAAGAGAAUAGACAAAAGAGACGCGCGUGCACCCACUCUUCCUCCGGCUCAGCGGAAGGAUGGCAGUGAAGCGUGCACUCGACAAGACCCUGUAGACUGCGCCGCCACACAACUUCGAGAUCUCUGCCGGAGGGACAACCUCCGUACUCCACGUGUAGACCUUGAUCGAGGUUGAUUGACGACAAGGUCAAGCAACGAAAGAUGUACCCAUUCGCCCAGGGCGUAGAAAAACGGAGCAAAUCUGGCACCGGCACCGACGAUACCGCCACCAGGACCGACUCCCGGCCGCGCGGGAUAUUCGUUACGGACGACAAGUUCCCAGACGUCAUACGCGCCCUGCGGCGGCGAGGUUGGACCCGGUCUGGUAACGCCAACAGCCCCAACUUCGACCUGAAAUGGCGGAAUCUCAGCAACAUCAACUUCCGCCUUCUCCGGAAAGACCAGUUCGUUAACCACGUCUUCAACUCCCAGCAACUCAGCAACAAAGCCCUGCUGACCGGCCACCUAGCGUUCCAACAUGACCACCAGCGACGCCAGCAGCAGCAGCAG